AUGCCCUGCGCCGUCGCCAUUUUUCUUGUUAUGGUGGUUCGGGAGCUGCUGCGUCUUUACAUUUCUGGAGCGGUCUUUAGUUUGUUUUAGACUCAAACCUUUUUAUUUGUUGCCUUUUUAUUUUUACAUUUGAAGAAGCGGCGAAGACUUAGGAACCAACAUGGCGCAGUACAAAGGCGCUGCCAGUGAGGCCGGCAGGGCCAUGCAGCUGAUGAAAAAGCGAGAGAAAGAAAGAGAGCAACUUGAACAGCUGAAACAGAAGAUAGCUGAGGAUAACAUGGUCAAAGCCAACAUCGAUAAGAAGUUUUCAGCUCACUACGAUGCGGUGGAGGCAGAGCUAAAGUCCAGCACAGUUGGUUUGGUGACCCUGAAUGACAUGAAAGCUAAACAGGAGGCGCUGGUGAAGGAACGAGAGAAGCAGCUGGCCAAGAAAGAGCAAUCCAAAGAGCUCCAGCUCAAGCUGGAAAAACAAAAAGAGAAGAAAAGAAAAGAGGAACAGAAAAGGAAAAUCGCCAGUUUAUCGUUUAAUCCUGAUGACGAAGAAGAGGAAGAAGAAGAGGAGGAGGAGGAUGAUAGAACUGAAGAUGAAGAUUUGGAUUGUGUUCCUGUUAAGAAAAAGAAGCUGGGGAAAAAUCCAGAUGUGGACACGAGUUUUCUCCCAGACCGAGACCGAGAGGAGGAGGAGAAUCGCCUCAGAGAGGAGCUCCGACAGGAGUGGGAGCUGAAGCAGGAGAAGAUCAAGAACGAGGAGAUCGAAAUCACCUUCAGUUACUGGGAUGGUUCUGGUCAUCGUAAAACUGUCAAGAUGAAGAAGGGGAACACCAUCCAGAACUUCCUGCAGAAGGCUCUGGAGGUCCUCAGGAAGGACUUCAGUGAGCUCCGGUCUGCGGGCGUGGAGCAACUCAUGUACAUCAAAGAAGAUCUGAUCAUCCCUCAUCAUCACAGUUUUUAUGACUUCAUCGUGACCAAAGCCAGAGGAAAGUCGGGACCGUUGUUCAGCUUCGACGUCCACGACGAUAUCCGGCUGGUGAACGACGCCACCGUGGAGAAAGACGAGUCUCACGCAGGUAAGGUGGUCCUGAGGAGCUGGUACGAGAAGAACAAACACAUCUUUCCUGCAAGUCGCUGGGAGCCGUACGAUCCUGAAAAGAAGUGGGAUAAAUAUACGAUCCGGUGAUCGUCACAAUCUGACCCUGGAGUCUUGAUCCGUUUGUUUGGUUUCCCUCCUCUUUUAAUCGUGCUUUGUUAAGAUUUGACAGACAGAAAUAUUGAGCUUUUUGUAUUUGCAGUUCUGUCUUCCCCCUCUGAAGUACGACUCGACCCUCCUGUAAACGACUGGCUCUUAGAUCAUAAUAACUGUUGGAACAUCUGUGUGUAAUAAACACGACUGACAUCCUG